AGCAGCUGAACUGUAGUUUCGAAGUCACUUCCCCAAACGGAGUACCGGGUUACAGCGAGUCGGUGUUCGCUGAGCGGACUGCCGUGUCAGAGAGAGGAGGUGCUGUAGAUGGUGUUGAUGCUGUAGCUGGUUCUGUAGAUGGUGUUGGUGCUGUAGCUGGUUCUGUAGAUGGUGUUGGUGCUGUAGCUGGUUCUGUAGUGAAGUUUAGAUCAGAUGUAUUGAUGUAUUCGGUUAGAAUGCUGCAGGUUGAGGUUCUCCGUGCGGCUCUCCUGACCGUGUGUCUGACAGUAAGUGUGGACUCCGCUCCUCCUCCUAAUGUGGUCUUCAUCCUGGCUGAUGAUCUGGGCUGGAACGAUGUGGGCUUUCACCGCUCUGAGAUCCGAACCCCGGUGCUGGACCGGCUGGCUGCUGCGGGGGUGAAGCUAGAGGGGUACUACGUCCAGCCGCUCUGCACACCAUCCAGGAACCAGCUGAUGACCGGCAGAUACCAGAUCCACACGGGGAUGCAGCACCAGAUUAUCUGGCCCUGCCAGCCAUACUGCGUCCCUCUGGAGGAGAAGCUGCUGCCCCAGCUGAUGAAGGAGGCCGGAUACUCUACCCACAUGGUGGGCAAAUGGCAUUUGGGCAUGUACAAAAAAGAGUGCCUGCCCACACGUCGAGGCUUUGACUCUUACUUUGGGUACCUGACAGGUUCUGAGGAUUACUUCAGUCAUCAUAGGUGCUGUCCCAUCACUCCUCUGAACGUAACCCGCUGUGCACUGGAUCUGAGAGAUGGAGAGGAGGUCGCCACGGGUUACAGUGGCACUUUCUCCACCGAGCUCUUCACUCAGAGAGCCACCAGCAUCAUACAGCGGCACAAAGCAGACCAGCCGCUCUUCCUCUACGUGGCCCUGCAGGCAGUUCAUGCUCCUCUGGAGGUUCCUGAGCGCUACGUCACCCCGUACACCUUCAUCAAGGACAAGAACCGCAGGGUGUAUGCCGGCAUGGUGUCGGCGAUGGACGAGGCUGUGGGCAACAUCAGCAGAGCUCUGCAGGACACCGGACUGUGGAACAACACCGUGCUGAUCUUCUCCACAGAUAACGGGGGUCAAACGCUGGCCGGGGGCAACAACUGGCCUCUCCGGGGCAGAAAGUGGUCACUCUGGGAGGGCGGAGUCAGAGGUGUAGGCUUCGUGACGAGCCCGCUGCUGGAGCGGCCGGGAACCGUCAGCCACGAACUGAUCCAUAUUUCUGAUUGGUUGCCUACACUAGUGGGUCUGGCUGGCGGGUCGACCAAUGGCACGAAGCCGCUGGACGGGUUUAACGUGUGGGACACCAUCAGUAAAGGUAAAGCAUCUCCUAGACUGGAACUGCUGCACAACAUCGACCCCAUCUAUGACGACAUCGCGCCCUGUACUGGGAAGGAGGUAGAUUUUGAGAAGCUGCAGGAAUCUUGGCGUUUGUUGUCAUCGAGACGAGCCUUGCCAGAGCUCCGCCCACAAUUCAAUGUUUCCAUGCACGCUGCCAUUCGCCGUGGCAAAUGGAAGCUCCUGACUGGUUACCCAGGUUGUCCCCUGUGGUUUCCUCCGCCAGGUGAGGGUCAGGAAGAGUUCACUGCCACACCUGAACCGCUGAAACAGGUGAUGCUGUUUGACAUUGAGCAGGACCCUGAGGAGAAACAUGAAGUCUCAGCGCAUCACCCGGAGGUGGUCAACUUUCUGCUAAGACGCCUGGACCACUACCAGCGGGAGGCGCUGCCUAUAAAAUUCCCACCUGAGGAUCCUGGGUGUGACCCGGAGCGUCUGGGAGGAGCUUGGGGUCCGUGGGCCUGACGGCAUAGGCAGGGAAAGUAAAGAGAUAGUCAGAUCUGGGCAAUCUGACAGGAUUGGAUUGGCUGAUAAAUUAGUUUAGCAAAUUAUCUCUUAUUUCUACUGCACACUGAACACGCCGCACCACACAUGUGCCCAAAAAUCAAGGUACCCAAAGUCUGUGGCUCUGAGCACCGUUAGAUUUCUCAGCCUGUCAGAGCGCAGCCUCAGCACAGCCAUUACUACGUUAAAUUAAAGCCACAUUGAGAGCACAGAAGGCCAUUGUGGACAUCAUGUGGCUUGAAAUUUACACAGAGAAAGGCAGCCAGUCUUUAAGAUAAACCUCAGCUAACGUUAUUAGCUUAGUCAUUUUUCACUUUGUGCCUCUCAGCUUGAAAACAGAAAGAUAGUGUAGAGGAGUAAACUGACCCCGAAGGUGAUAAAUUAUGGUGAAAGUUUCAUUUAACAGUUAAAAUCUCAGACUUAUUACAUACUAAGACUUAUUAUUCAGUAACUACAGGGACUUCAAUGCAAACGAGCUGAGCUAUGCUUAGAUUAUAGAAGUGUGUAAUAACGCGUUGGGCCUGUUGGCGGGUCCUGGCCAUUUAAAGGGUUAAUAAGUUUAUACAAGUAAAGAGCAAACAUGAAGCUGGAACUUGACAUUUAACAGCUUUCUCAGAGUAAGUGCAUUUACAUGCACCCAAUAAUCUGAUCAUAAUCAGAUUUCUGCAGUCAUCUGAUUCAGAUGGUUGUGUAAACAGCACACUCCGAUUUGUUAGAUCAGAUUAAGAUCUAUAAAUCUGAUCAAGAAAUCAGAUAUAGAAGCUGGAUUUUAUCUCAGUAAUCAGAUUUCUCAGUGCUGUAAACUCUUACUCUGAUUUCUUUUGGAUUUCUGAGUCUGAGCAUGUGUGAAAACAGACCGCGGUACCAGACAUAAGCGAGCAGCGUCGCCGCGAGACACAUCAAAACACUUUUGGAGUGAAAAUAAACCUGCUUGAGAAAAUGAAGGAUUUCAUUUUUUAGGGUUUUUUUUUUGUUCAUCUUCUAGAUGAUGUAUGUUCAUAUUUUCAGGUAAAGUGGUGUGAUGUUGUUAAAAAAAG